AGAUGAAAUUGGCCUGAUCCCAUGCCCUGAAGCAAGAUACAACCGGAGUCCCAUAGUCCUGGUUGAGAACAAACUUGGUGUGGAGAGCUGGUGUGUCAAGUUCUUAUUACCAUAUGUCCACAACAAGCUCCUUUUGUACAGAACAAGAAAGCAAUGGCUAAACAAAGAUGAAUUGAUAGAUGUCACCUGCACCCUGCUGCUUCUCAACCCAGACUUCACCACGGCAUGGAAUGUAAGGAAAGAGCUCAUCCUUUCUGGCACUUUAAGUCCAAUUAAGGAUCUACAUCUGGGAAAAUUGGCCUUAACUAAGUUUCCUAAGAGUCCAGAGACAUGGAUUCACAGGCGCUGGGUGCUGCAGCAGUUAAGUCAGGAAACUUCCUUGCCUUCUUCUGUGGCCAAAGGAAACUUAGGACCAGUUCCUGAAGAGAGGACACAGCGACUAAUACAGGAAGAGAUGGAAGUCUGCAGUGAGGCAGCAGGAAGAUAUCCCAGCAACUAUAAUGCCUGGUCCCAUCGCAUCUGGGUUUUACAGAAUGUGGCCAAGCUGGAUCUCAAGAUCCUUCUUGAUGAGCUGUCUUCUACUAAACACUGGGCGUCCAUGCAUGUUUCAGACCACAGUGGAUUUCACUAUCGCCAGUUUCUGUUAAAGUCUUUGAUUAGCCAGACUGCAAUGGACGCUUCUGUACUGCAGCACAACUCUUUGAAAAAUGAGCCAAAAGAUGAAGAAGCAACAGCUACAACAGAGGAACCAAGGAUAAAUCUUACCCAGCUCCUAGAAGAAGAAGUGGAAUUCUGCACAGAUCUUAUUAAUUCCUAUCCAGGACAUGAAACCCUUUGGUGUCAUAGGUAAGAGAAGAGAAAAAUCCAUGUCCUAUGAUUAACUGGCUGUGUCCUUAUGAGACUGCAGAGCCUGUUGUAUCUGACGUCUGUCUGAGAAUGUAAAUAUUCCGUCUGGUUUUGUGACUGAGGAAGGGCUUUUGUCCAUCAUCACCAUUGUCAAUGUUAAUAUGAAGUGUCUCACACACCUUUGCCUGUGGUUUUAGGUUCACCCUUAAGAACACAACAGAGUGACUUGUGUUACUUCCAAAAUAGUAUAAAAACAAAACAAAACAUGCAGAUGUGUCAUGACCCUUUGGAGAUCCUGAGAAUUAGCAUAUCAGGGAUGGAAUGUUGCCAGGUGUUUUAAGAAAAGUAAAGCCUUCCAGAUCAUUUUGAUGUAGUCAGGAUUGAGACUAAUAACUAGACCAUGGAUAUCAGGUAAGCUUUAUCUUUUCCCUUCUCUAAUG